AGUUAAUAUAUUCGCAAGGGUUUGUUUGAACUCCAAAGCAUUUCGCUUUCCGCAUCAUUCUACAGUCACCAUCACCGGUUUCAACCCAUAAUGCCAUACACCCACACUUGAUCACUUGUUUCAAAACCCCUCAAAAUUUCAAUGAAACCCCACACCCGACAUCAUCGACAAACCCUAAAUCAAUCCUUCAAACAUGUCUAGUUUCAUCUUCGAUUCAAUCAAAUAAUCAUGAUUUCAUCGCCAUUACCAUCUCCAUGGAUUCCCACAUUGCUCCUUCUGUUACUCUCUCUUCCAAUCUUUUUCUUCUUCGCGUCGCACAUCCUCCCUUCGCCACCGCCACCCAUUUCCCUCCCCGACGAACUCGACGAUCUCACCCUAUUCCGUCGAGCCGCCGCCCUCGAAUCCCACCCUAACCAUAAACCCAAAUCCCGACUCGGUUCUACCAACUCCAAACCCAAAAUCGCUUUCCUCUUUCUUACCAACUCCGACAUCCAAUUUGCCCCUUUAUGGGAAAAGUUCUUUAAUGGCAGUAAAUCAAAUCGGAAUCUUUACACCAUAUAUAUUCAUGCUGACCCGACUGUUAAAACCAAAUUCAAAUCCCCAGGUGGUGUUUUCUCUCAAGAUCGACUCAUUCCUGCUAAACAAACCCAUCGUGCUACAGCAACGCUCAUCUCCGCCGAGCGCCGCCUGCUCGCCAACGCACUUCUUGACGACCCUUCUAACGCAUUCUUCACAUUAAUCUCUCAACAUUGCAUACCCCUUCAUUCAUUUCAGUUCUUUUACAACACCCUUUUCGAAGCUAGUUCACAUCAAGUAGCCGAAUUCAGACACCUCAAAUACAAAAGCUUUAUCGAAAUAAUUUCCAAAGAUCCUAAUCUUUGGGACAGGUAUAAUGCCAGAGGCAAAAAGGUGAUGCUCCCUGAAGUACCAUUUGAUGAAUUCCGAGUGGGUUCACAGUUUUUUACACUUACACGGCGGCACGCUCUGAUGGUGACUCAAGAACGACGUUUAUGGAAGAAAUUCAUGCGGCCAUGUUUAAGAUCUGUAGCUUGUUACCCUGAAGAACAUUACUUUCCCACAUUUUUAUCAAUGGAAGAUCCAGAAGGGUGUAGUGGCUAUACAUUGACUAAUGUCAAUUGGACUGAUAGUGUUAAUGGACACCCGUAUACUUAUCAUCCAUCUGAAUUGUCGCCUGAGCUUAUUUACAAACUCCGGAGGUCAAAUUUUGUGCAACCUUACAUGUUUGCGCGGAAAUUUACGCCAGAUUGCUUGAAUCCAUUGAUGGAUAUGGCUGAUGAUGUCAUUUUCCGGGACUGAAAUCUUUUGAUAUCUGCUGGUAUUUAGUUUCAAGGUGAGUGUACAUAACUACAUACAGGUGGUAAAGAGUAAUGUGAAGACAGGAAUUUGACAGGGGUUAAUGUGCCUAAAUGCAGAAGUUAUCUGAAAUUAAGGAAAUAUGAUUAGAAUACACAAAAACAGAAAGCCAAAAUAGCUAUGUUAACGUCAACUUUUAUUAAGAUUGUUGCUCCUUUUUUUUUUUUUUUUGAGAUUGUAAGGUUCCUUCGUUGUACAUAGUAAUGCAAAUACUUGUUAACUUUUUAGAGGAAUAAUAAUCGUGUUAUAUCAUAA